AUGUGCGAUCGCAGUCUCUACAGAUCCGGGUAUGUGGGGUCUCUUCUGAAUUUGCAGUCGCCGGAUUCCUUCUAUUUCUCUAACCUUCGGGCGAAUGGCAGCCAGUUGGCGGCUCUGCCCCCCAUCUCCUACCCCCGAGGCUCUCUGCCCUGGUCUGCGGCCAGCUCUUGCGCCGCUCAGCCCCCAGGCCACGCAGCCUUCGGCAGCUAUACCCAACCUUACCUCCCAGGCUCGGUGCCCCUCAACCUCCACCCCCCGAGCAGCAAGGAGGGCCCAGAAGAUCAAGGUAAAUACUAUGGUUCCGAGUCUGGUUCGAGGCCGGAGGAGCGCAGCCGUCCCAGGCCAGCUUUCAGCAAUGAGCCUAGCCUGGCUCCAGGAGUUGGCCUCAAGCCGGCCAAGUACGACUACUCAGGCAUGGCGCGGAGCGUGCACGGGUCAGCAGCUCUUUUGGAAGGGAACCCCUGUGCCGCAGGCUUCAAGGACGACGCCAAGGGCUCGCUCAACUUGAACGUGACAGUGCAGGCGGCCAGCGUAGCCUCCUGCCUUCGACCUUCGCUACCCGACGGAUUGCCCUGGGGGGCGGCCCAGGGGAGAGCCCGAAAGAAACGGAAGCCCUACACUAAGCAGCAGAUCGCAGAACUGGAAAACGAAUUUCUUCUCAACGAGUUCAUCAAUCGUCAGAAGAGGAAGGAGUUGUCCAACAGACUGAACCUGAGCGAUCAACAGGUCAAAAUCUGGUUUCAGAACCGGCGGAUGAAGAAGAAAAGGGUGGUGCUGAGAGAGCAGGCGCUCACUCUCUACUAG